UGGCAUUUACUAGUAUUUUAUAAAAACAGAUCGGCCUAAUCGUUAAAAAUGAAACCGGACAAUGUUAAAAUGAGAGAUCAUUUGUAUAGGGCUAUCAUUAGCCAGUUGCUGAAUGACGGAUAUAUUGCUGUCGCAAAAAGCUUAACAUCUCAAGUGAAGCCAACACUAGCAUGUCCACCUUCUGAUAAACUGCUCAAAGUAUUUGAGACUGGAAUUACCCAGCUUGAACAUGACAAAGAAUUUAAACUUCCAUCUACUGCAGAACUGGUUGCUCCUGGCCAUGGAAUAGAUCUUGAAUUUGAGACAGAUGUUCAAAUAACGUCUCCAGAAGCAAUUGUAUAUGAAACAAGUUACGUUACUGCUCACAAAGGUCCAUGUCGAGCAGCGACUUUUUCAAAAGAUGGACAAUAUAUUGCGACAGGGUCGGUGGAUAUGUCAAUAAAAGUAUUGGAUGUUGAGAGAAUGGUUGCCAAAAGUAUACAUGAAGGGACUCCUCAAAUGCAAAAUGAUCAACCAGGUAUGUUAGACCACCCUGUUAUUCGUACGUUGUAUGAUCACAAUGAUGAAGUGACCACAUUAGAUUUUCACCCAACCCAGCAAAUAUUAGUUUCAGGUGGCCGCGACUGUACAGUUAAAGUCUUUGACUUUUCAAAGAGUUCUACAAAAAAGGCUUCAAAAACCAUUCAAGAAGUUGCAACUGUGCGCUCAGUUUCCAUGCACCCCAGUGGAGAAUGCCUUCUGGUUGGCACAGAACAUCCAGUUGUGAGACUUUAUGAUCUGAACACUUUUCAGUGUUAUGUGAGUUGCAACCCAUCAGAUCAACAUAGAGGUCCACUAACAAUGUUGGCUUACAAUAAUGAUGGUAGAAUUUAUGCUUCUGGGAGUAAAGACGGAGAUGUGAAGUUAUGGGAUGGUGUCAGUAAUCGAUGUAUUGCAACAUAUCCUAAAGCUCACAGUGGUGAAGAAAUUUGUUCUGUACAGUUUUCACGAAAUAGCAAAUAUCUUCUAACAAGUGGUAAAGACAGUGUAUGCCGUCUUUGGGAGACUGCAACAGGACGCUCACUCAUUGCUUAUACAGGAGCAGAACUUAGUGGCAAACAAUUACACAAAGCACAAGCAGUGUUUAAUCAUACUGAAGACUAUGCAUUGUUUCCUGAUGAAAAAACAAUUUCACUAUGUUGUUGGGACACCAGAACUGGUGAAAGACAACGCCUAUUGUCACUCGGACACAACGGUCCUGUUCAUCGUCUUGCCCAUUCACCGACAUCGCCUGGAUUUAUCACAUGCAGUGAGGAUCACAGAGCUCGGUUCUGGUAUAAGAGAACGACAGGAACAGACUGAAUCGCUGCUGGAUAGCACAUUUUACUAUGUGUUUCUGAACCACAAAGUUUAGGGUCAGCGCAGCAUAACAAGAGCAAAAUUAAAAUUUACUGCAUGGAGAUGAUCAGUUUGAAGAUGCAUGGAAACCAUAGUCAUAUUAAACAGUGACAGAGUAACAAAAUCGUGUGCUUUCGAUUGCCUACUGUCUUGUAUAAAGAGAACCUUGCCUAUCUAUGCUUUCCAACAGACCAGACCCUGUUGUUUUUUUAUAGCUUAUUCGAUAAUCUUAAUUCUCAUUCCAGUUGUUCUCAACCUUUUUAUGGCAGUGAAUUAUCAUUAAACCCUUUGAAAUCAUCCUCAUUUUAUACCCAAACCUGUGUCUUUCUAUAUUACUUCACACUAAAUUGCCACCACUGCCGGGGUUUUAUGCAUUCCUACAUUUAUUCAGUUGGUGCUCUUGUCUUGACAAUAGCGUUUAAUACACAUUGAUU